AUGGCCGAUUGGGGUCCGGUGAUAAUUGCGGUGGUUCUGUUUGUUAUUCUGUGUCCGGGUCUGCUGUUUCAAAUACCGGGGAGAGGAAAAAUAAUCGAAUUCGGGAACAUGCAAACAAGUGGUGCUUCCAUUCUGGUUCACGCCAUCAUUUACUUUGGACUCAUCACUAUUUUACUCAUUGCUAUUGGAGUUCACAUCUACACUGGGUAA